CGACCGCCGCAUCCGACAUGGUCAUCUUUUAAUCCGAACGUGCCACAUUGUGGUGCUGUGCUGUCCUUGGUGCUGAAAACAGACGUCAGCAGAUGACUACAAUGAAGCUUGAUGGUCCUGUCAAUGCUCAACAGAUAACUUUCUCUCUCACUAUGUGGGGAAAAACUAACAUGGCUUUCCACUAAACCGGAAACAGAAGCACAGGCAACAGGAAAAAAUCAGAUCUACUUCCAUCACAUGGAUGAGGAAUAAUUCAGCAUCCACAGUGUUGUAGACGACUAUAUACCCAACAGAACUGUCACAGAACAUCAGAGAACCACAGUCUUGCCCUCUUCCUUGCCUUCCUUUCUCUUUUUCCCCACUUUGACCUCACACCCUCAGUAUGAGUGGGCUAGUUGGGAAGCUGGACCCUCGCAGGAUACAGUGGGGCUCAGCCUGGAACACUUUUGCGUCCCGUGUCCUGAGGACCAAACCUGUGGAAUCCAUGUUGGAUUCAUCCAUGUCGGGCACCAGCUCACAUGGCACCAGACUGGCCCGGGUGUUAUCCACUGUGGACCUAGUGUCACUGGGAGUGGGCAGCUGCGUCGGGACGGGGAUGUAUGUGGUCUCAGGGCUGGUUGCCAAGGAGAUGGCCGGUCCUGGGGUCAUUGUGUCCUUCAUUAUUGCCGCUGUGGCCUCCAUACUGUCAGGAGUGUGUUAUGCAGAGUUUGGCGUGCGCGUGCCUAAGACUACAGGUUCAGCCUACACAUACAGCUAUGUGACCGUGGGGGAGUGUGUGGCUUUUUUCAUCGGCUGGAACUUAAUUCUGGAGUAUCUGAUCGGCACGGCGGCAGGGGCUUCAGCUCUCAGCAGCAUGGCCGACUCUCUAGCUAAUCACAGCAUUAGCAACUUCAUGAUUUCACACAUUGGAACACUCAACGGACUGGGUAAAGGAGAGCAGUCAUACCCGGACCUGCUGGCGCUGCUGAUCGCGUUGCUGGUGACAGUGAUAGUGGCUUUGGGAGUAAAGAACUCUGUUGGCUUCAACAACGCCCUGAAUGUCAUCAAUCUCAUUGUAUGGGUGUUCAUGAUGAUUGCUGGAAUGUUCUUUGUCAACGGAGAGAACUGGGACGAGGGAAGAUUCCUUCCCUUUGGUUGGUCAGGGGUGAUGCAAGGUGCAGCCACCUGUUUCUAUGCCUUCAUUGGGUUUGACAUCAUCGCUACAACAGGAGAAGAGGCUAAGAGUCCCAACACCUCCAUCCCCUAUGCUAUCACUGCCUCUCUUAUUACCUGCCUCACUGCUUACGUAUCUGUUUCUGUGAUCCUGACACUGAUGGUACCCUACAAUGAGAUUGAUGCAGACGCACCACUGAUGGAGAUGUUUGCCAUGCAUGGCUGUAUGUUUGCAAAGUACAUUGUAGCUGUAGGAUCUAUAGCUGGACUGACUGUAUCCCUCCUGGGGUCACUGUUCCCCAUGCCUAGGGUUAUCUAUGCCAUGGCAGGGGACGGCCUGCUGUUUAAGUUCUUGGCUCAUGUGUCCUCCUAUACAGAGACCCCUGCUGUAGCUUGUGUGGUGUCAGGUUUUCUGGCUGCCCUGCUGUCCCUUCUGGUCAGCCUCAGAGACCUCAUAGAGAUGAUGUCCAUAGGAACUCUGUUGGCCUAUACCCUGGUUAGCCUCUGUGUACUGCUCUUGCGUUACCAACCUGAGGGCGACAUCCACGGCUUUGUCAACUUCCUUUCAGAGGAGCAGAAUAACAAAAGAAAGGAAGGUGUUCUGGCUGAAUGUGAGAAAGAUGCCUGCUCACCAACCAGCGAAGCAGACGAGUAUGGAGGCCUGCCUACUAACACCUGUGGAGCCAAAAAUCUGCCCUCGCUCGGAGACAAUGAGAUGCUUAUUGGGAAACCAGAUAAAAAUGCAUACACUGCCAGCCACCCUAACUAUGGCACAGUGGAUAUGACCACAGGCAUUGAAGCAGAGGAGUCAGAGGGAGGGAUGUCCCGACGGUUGAAGAAACUGAUUGGACCACGCUACUAUACUCUAAGGAUUCGACUUGGCCUACCAGGAAAAAUGGACAGGCCAACUCAAGCCACAGGGAAAACUGUCACUGUGUGUGUGCUCCUGCUCUUCAUCUUCAUCUUCGUUUUCUGCUCCUUUAUCAUUUUUGGAGCAAGCAGUAUUGGAGAGGGUCGUUGGUGGGCAUUGCUGCUAUUAAUCUUCCUCAUCCUCUUCAUUGCCCUAUUGAUCAUCAUCAUCCUCCAGCAGCCAGAGAACCCUAAGCGGCUGCCAUACAUGGCGCCCUGUGUGCCAUUUGUACCUGCUUCAGCAAUGCUGGUUAACAUCUACCUCAUGCUUAAACUGUCGGUCAUCACUUGGAUACGAUUUUCAAUCUGGUGCCUCGUGGGUGUGCUCAUCUACUUUGGUUACGGCAUGUGGAAUAGCACGCUGGAGAUCACAGCCAGAGAAAAUGAGGUGCACGCCUCCACCUACCAGCGUUACGAUCAGGGUGUGGACGAGGGCUUCUGUGGCUUCGAUGAUGAUUUCUACCCCCCUACCACUGACACCUGGGGUGCUCCAGAGGGGGGAUCGGGGAUGACCUCUCCCCCUAAGGCAAAACCUGAAAGUGAUGGGUUGCCAUCAAAAGAUGGAGGCAGAACCAUUGCUAAUAAUAGCCGUGCGGAGGAGGAUCCGAUGGAUUUCUGAAAGAACUGACUUUGUGUUACUCUGAAUGUACUGCCUUGUCUGCUGCCUGAGGGAAGGGAGGGAAAGAGUGUGUGAGUGCAUGAAUGAUAAAGUGUGUGUGUGUGUGUGUGUGUGCAUGCUUGCAUGUGUGUGUACUUGUUUGUGUAUCUAUCCCUUGGGCUAGAUUGUUUCUGGGCAGUGUAACAGCUUGGCUGUUACAUUAUUCAACUAAGCUUAGCAUGUCACUCCCACUCAAAUGUAGACUUCAAGGUCAUGGGUGUCUUGAUCACUUGUUAUUCACUCACUAAAGUCAACUUCCCAUGAAGAAAGGCCAGUUAGAAAAGUACGAACGAAGCAAGAGAUUAGAUAUAAUGUGGAUCACUGCACUGUGACACAAGUGACAUCAUGUACUUCGCAACAUUAUAACUGUUUAUUGACAAGAAUUAUGGGACAAGGGGAGGGUGAUGAUACAGUGCAGAUGAAUCAGCAGCUCUCUUCCUGUUUCAGCUCAGACUGACAGGAAAGUUAGAUGACAGCAUGCCAAGCCCAAAUGACUUCCUGAGGUCACAUCUGACUUUUUCCUGCUAUCUUUUUACAAAAGACAGGAAAAACAUUGCCACACAUGCUGACACAACCAGAAUAAAACUUUGUCCCUUACUAAACAUCUAACCCAAGGGACUUCGAAGUGGAUUUGGAAAAGGGUGUUGAUGUUUUCUGUGACAAAUCGUACUUGGACUGCUUGCAAUAGUGCCUUCAUCUACUGUGUGUGAGUUUCUGGUUCUGUCUGUUUUCUACUUUACGUUUGCCUGUGUAUAUGUGUGUGUGUGUGUGCAUGUGUGUGCGUGUGUGUGUGUGUGUAUGGGGGGGAUUCUAUUGUAUGUGCACUCAAACCUAACCUUUACAUUGAUUAUUAUGUUUGUGUGUGUGUGUAAAGUGGGUUCUUUUAAAUUUUUUUUUUUAAAUGUGUGUUGGUACUUUUUUUUUUUUUUUUUUUUUAUCCUCACCUUGCCCCAGCAUGCAGCACAAAAUCAAUUCACCUACACAUGCUCAUUUGUGUACCUUAAAAGAUUUGACAGCGGUCUGAAGAAGACAAACUGAAGGGUUUGUUGCAAUGAGGCCAUAUUUUGUUUUUAGUCUUUUCUGUGUUCUUUUUUCUCAGUCAACAAGGUUAUUUCUCACUAUCAGUGUUUUGGAAGGAAUAUAUUUUUAGUUCAUUCAAGUAAGUGGAAUUAUUUUAAUACUGGAGGAUGUUAUCUGGAAAGUUAAAUAUCUGAGAAUCUAUUCUCUCUUCUUCAGUUUUUCCCUCUCUGCUCUUCCUUUCUCACAUGUUGUCUACAUGCUUCCACCACUUCUUGGCUCUUCCAACUCAACUCUUCCUUGAUCAGUUUACCAUCUCACUCUGUCCCUAACAUCAGCUUGUCAUCGGGGAGUCACUAGUAAUAGACCAAGGAUUGGUUUUCAGUCUGUAUUGGUAACAGUAAACUAUUUGUGGUCUUUCAAUCCAUUUGCUCCUGUUUCGCUUAAGCACCUGUUCUAUCUCUUUUGUGUACAGGACAUUUAUUUCUCUCCCUGUGGUUCUGCUCCAAGCCUGUAUAUGUGAUCAUUCCUUUUCCCCUAACUCCUCAACUUUUAUGCAUGUGGCUUAAGCUAAAGUUCCUCUCUUUACACAAUACCUGUUGUUGCAGCACCCUGAGGUGGUUGUAAAAACCAUUAAAACCAAACAAUGGAUGCUAAUGGCUCAGUCUAAAAGGCAAAAAAAGUAAAGCUGCCCAGGUUGAGGGUUUCAAUCCAUAUUAGAAUGUAAGGCAAGGCGACCAAGUUUACUUGUAAGAAAAAAAAUGGUUUAUAUAAAAGGCAUUGUAAAACCUAUGCUGUAAAACUUUGUGGGAUUUUUGCAUACACCAAAUAGCAAACUGUUUUGUUGUCAUGUUGUAUAUGGAGGUGAAGGGUGCUCCUUCAAUAGCUUCUGGUGCUGCUGUCUGCCCUGAUUGUUGCCCUUGUACCCUUUUCUUGUGCCCCCUGUUGCUGCAUCAGUCCCUUCCAGGGAAGCCUUAUUUGUCUAAUGCACUAAAUCUAAGGAAGCCACGCUAAGCACUCAACUCCCACUCCUCCCAUAACCAUGCUCAAUAAAAAAAAGAAAAAAAAAAAAGGAAAAAAGGCAUUUAGUGUGGUUAAGUAAAAUGAUUUGCAAUAUGCAAAUGAUGGCAAUUCUUGAGGUUUUUAGGUUGAUUGUCAUGCAAGAACUGGAGCAUCAA